GUCUUUUGUCUUUGAAGGCUAUGAGCCACACAGUUUGUGGGACAUAGACACACUCUGUGUAUUCUUUUGCUCCUGUGCUACAAAAAUUACAGAGAUGGAGGAGACCCCUCCAACAAGGACUCCACCACAUCAAGGACGGACGGAGGAUGACAUCAUAGAGGAGCAUAUGGAGCUCUGGUGGUCCAGGGACCCAGUCAAGUCAUUAGUGUGCUACACAGUAGCAGUCCUCCUCAUCAUUAUUUGCGGCAUUGGUGGCAUUGUGCUUCUCUCCACCACCACGAGUCGUUCUGGAGAAUGGAGGCUGGCCGUAGGGUCAACGUUGUGUCUUCUGGCUCUUCUGGUCCUGCUGAAGCAGCUCUUGAGCUCUGCCAUUCAGGAUAUGCACUGCCUGCACAGUCGAGAACGCAUUGACAUGCUGAAGAGUGGAGGAUUAUCGGAUACGGUGGUUUUGCUAAUCAGCGCUUUUGUUAUUCUUAUAUGUGGAGUCGUUCUUUACAUAUUGUCCUUUAGCAGAGAACAAUCAGGCCCAACUACAAUAUUGAUUACUAUGCACUCGGUGGGGAUUACCUUAAUUGUUUGUGGAGCUUUUAUUUUCCUUGGCCUGCUUAUAUAUGCGCUGGUGAUAUUCUAUAAGUCAUGGGCCACCACCAGAAACUUCCAUUUCAGGAGCAUUAAUGUGUUCUCCGUCUCUGGACAACUCAGCGGGUCUCGUAAUGCAACCUCGAGUAUGGCCAACCUCAUAUAAACCCAGGUUAGAAACUUGGAAUCGAGUAUGGCGAUCGGAUGCAAAACAACAGUGCUCAUAAAAAAAGAGAAAACCAGAGAUCUGUAUGCAAAACACAACCUUUAUUUGUUGUCAAUCAUAAAAAUAACCAAUAUUUGGUGAGGUUUUCAGAAGGCCGCAGCGGUGGAAGAUGUAGCCCAGUUGUAGAAAUUCUGGUGUGGAGUUACUGAUACCAAGGAUCUCCAAAAACAGUUUAACGAACCUCGCCUGUUUCCAUGUUAUCUCUUUCCUAGAAUAAUAUGGAACCUUUGGAAGAGAAUAUAUUGACCUCUAAGAGAAGGUAUGGAUAUCUUAUGAUGCCAAUGCAAGGUGGUUAGAAAAACCAUGAAUAGGAUGUUGAAAGGAGACCAAAAAAUGUGUUCUGUACCCAAGACUUGUGUAUUUUUGCUUCACAUCCUUACUUUUAAAGAUGUACCUACAAGUGUUUCAGUCGAAAGCUGAACAUCGUGAUGGUUCUGUGCCACCACGACGUUCCUUCCCUGGUGCUCCUCUAAAAGACGCAGCUGUUAUAAAUUCAGACUUUACAGAC